AUGGAAUCGGGACAGGACUCUACUGGGAGCACUCUCAACGAAGAGCAACCUCUGCUACCAACGCCUACUGUUUGGAGCCCGCCGCGGGGGUUCUUUUGGAUUCAACUGGAGCAGGCUAAUUUCGAAAUGAGGAUUCCAGCUAUCAUGUCAAAUGUAUUUCUAUCUGGAUUUGACGGAACAAUUACCGCAUCGACAUACGCAGUCAUCAGCUCUGAAUUUAAUGCUGCCAACACCGCCUCGUGGUUAACCACCUCCUACCUCAUCACGAGCACCUCUUUUCAACCACUAUACGGUCGCUUCUCAGAUCUGCUGGGCCGCCGCGCUUGCUUUUUCACUGCGACAAUCACAUUUUUCACCGGUUGUUUGGGCUGUGCAGUGGCGAGGGAUAUUGUCUUCUUGAAUAUCAUGCGCGCGUUGACCGGCAUGGGAGGUGGCGGGCUGAUGACUAUGGCCACUAUCAUUAACUCUGAUCUCAUCCCGUUUCGCAACCGGGGAAUGUAUCAAUCCGUGCAAAACGGUGCAUAUGGUUUUGGAGCAAUCUGCGGUGCUUCAUUUGGAGGGGCCAUUGUCGACACAAUUGGCUGGCGUUGGUGCUUUCUGGUCCAGGUCCCCGUAUCUCUGAGUGUGCUUGUGUUGGGAUACUUUGCCCUCAGGUUCCCUGCUAAGAACAAGACGUCUGUAUCGGGCCAGCCAGGUCUCUGGCACCAGAUUGACUUCAUGGGCUCCAUACUGCUUGUCCUUGCUCUUUCAACCCAGUUAGUUGGACUAAGCCUUGGUGGCAAUGAGCUAGCCUGGACGAGCAUCUGGGUUAUAUUACCCCUAGUAGCGAGUAUCGUGUUACUUGCCGCUUUCGUCACUGUCGAGGCUAAGACAAAAGCUAUCCCGCUCAUCCCACUGAAAAUGCUCCAUGGACUUCAGCCAGUUUCUACUCAAAUUGCUAACGUCUGCGUGGGAAUGUCUGCAUAUGCCUUCCUCUUUACCCUACCCCUUCUCUUCCAGGUCGUCUUGCUGGAUAGUCCUACGAAAGCCGGCGCUCGUUUAAUUAUCCCGUCUCUUAUGACGCCGGUUGGCGGAGUUAUUGCAGGCGUGGUCAUGUCACGUUGGGGCAAACUAGCUCAUCUCGUACGCAUCGGAGCUGCCUUGAUGUUUAUAGGAAACUUCCUCGUCACAUCCCUUCAUUUUGACGACUCAAACUGGAAAUACUUUGCAUACAUCAUUCCCGCCAAUUUAGGGCAAGGGAUUGUGUACCCAGGCAUCUUGUUUACCUUCCUCUCUGCAUUCGACCACGACGGUAGUCUUCCUUCCACCUUCCUCGCCUGGAUAUUUCAACUAACUCCUUCAUUUCCUCACAAGACCACGCCGUCUCAGCCUCGACUGUCUAUCUAA